AACAUCGGCUAACAUCGGGAAACUUCGUAAUGUGGGAAUUCCCCCUAAUCAUGACGCAAUUUCGGUAUGAGUUAUCGCCCGUAGGGGAAACCCCGAUUGUAAACAAAUGGCGAUCGCGACUGUUCGUUAUUUGCGCGGCCGUUUUAAGAAAAUCUCGUCAAAAUUACUGUCAGGGGAUUUCAAGUGUUUGUAAUCAUUAUUACAGCGGUGGACAUGUGUGUUAAAGGGGAAUGAAUUCGUGAAAGUAGAGAUUGUCCUCUUAUUAACCACGUGAAGCUAGAAAGAAGUCAGCCACAACAAUGGAUCACUAUCUGCACCAUUCGGAUGGUGAUGAUUUAGACAAACUCAUAAACAAAUUUGAACUUGAAAACCAGAAUUGUGUUCGACUUAUACAGAAAGAAAGCCAACACAUAGAAGCACUAGAGAAGGAUAUAAGGGAAGGGAAGUCCAUAAUCAUAGAUCUACAGGAAAAGACAUCCCAGCUUGAUGAGGAUAUCAAACAAGGUCACCGACAGUAUACAUGUAACCGUGACAACUGUGAGAGUUUGAAGAAGACCCUGGUUGUGUUGAAAGAACAUGAUGAAGCUCUGGAUAGACAGCUUACAGCUCUGGAAGAAUCAUCUCAACAGGACAGGAAUGGACGCUUGGAGAUCCUGAAGCAUUACACAGAUGUAUGGGAAAACUACCAAGGCAAAUACAAGAUGUUUCCUCUGGCAAAGUCUCUAGAGGAAAAGCAAAAAGACGUUUCUUCCUUAGAAAAACGGCUCCAAGAUAUGGAAUCCCAAAUAAAUCACUUGCAUACACAAAUGAAUGAAAUCAAUGAAUCGACUGGUGAUGAACUCAAAGACCUGAACAAGUUUAUUGUAUCUGUAGCAGCAGUAAAAUUGUCAACUGAAUCAAUGUCAUGUCAGAUCAAACAGAUGAUGGAGGCUAGGGGGCAGAUAAAGGAUCAGAUAAGACAUGAAAAAGAAGGAAGGCAAGAAAGAGAAGCACAAAUGCUAGCGGCGGUGAAUGCUAGAGAGGAAAUCAUCCGUUCUGAAGCAAGCUUAAUAAAGUCAUCUCCCCAAGAUCAUAUUCAACCUCGUAUGAACCAAGAUCAUGUUGAGCCCAAAGCAAAUCAAGGCCAUAUUCAGCCCCAUGGUAGCCCAGAACCUGUUCAAGCCCAUGGAAGGCCAGAGCAGGCUCAGCCCCACUUGAGUCCAGAACUUGUUCAGCCUUGUGCAAGUCCUGAGUAUGUUCAGCCCUGUUUGAGUACAGAGCAAGCUCAACCUCAUCCGAACCCAGAGAAUGUACAGCCUUGUAUGGAUAUACAGGAGAGUGAUGGAGAUGGAAGCUCUGUGUUAAUAAAUAUGUUUAGUGAAAAACAAGAUGAUGUGGACACUGAGCGAGACAUGGAGACAAAUGUGAAGUCGUCUUUACAGUCUACAAUCUGUCACCCAUUAAUGGCCCUCCCUCAAAACUUGUCAUCCUUACAGUCUUGUCCCCAGACACUGCCACAUCAAAGUCAGCAAAGACAAGCUUAUCAGGGGCAACGACAACCACAACAGUGUGUACUGCUACCACAGGGUCAAUAUCAGCCCCAACCUGUUCAACAACUACAACAACAACAACAACAACAACAGGUGCAACGACAGCAACUACAGGUACACCAACAACAGCGGCAGUCACAACAAGUACAACAUCAACAGGUCCAAGAACAACUACAACAGGAACAACAACAGCAUGUGCAACGACAGCCACUUCAGGUACACCAACAACAGCGGCAGUCACAACAAGUACAACAACAUCAACAGGUCCAAGAACAACUACAACAGGUGCAACGACAGCCACUUCAGGUACAUCAACAACAGCGGCAGUCACAACAAGUACAACAACAUCAACAGGUCCAAGAACAACUACAACAGGAACAACAGCAGCAGGUGCAAGGGCAAUCAUAUCCGAUGGCUCAACCAACUGCUUCAGGUCUCAACCACGUAUCAGCACCAAACUUUGAUCAAAUGUCAGUGCCAAGAGCUGCAAGCAUCAACCAAAUGCCAGCACUCAAGACUUCAAACUACAAUCAAAUCUUUGAACCAAGAGUUACAAGCAUCAGCCAGAUGCCAGCCCCUAAGACCCCAAAUCUCAGCAGAAUAUCAAUGCCAGCAGCUCCAAUCAUCAACCAAAUGUCAGCCCCUAGAACUCCAAAUUUCAAUCAAGUAUCUGCACCAAGAGCUCCAAGCAUCAACCAAAUGUCAGCCCCUAGGACUCCGAAUUUCAAUCAAGUAUCUGCACCAAGAGCUCCAAGCAUCAACCAAAUGUCAGCCCCUAGAACUCCAAAUUUCAAUCAAGUAUCUGCACCUAGAGCUCCAAUCAUCAACCAAAUGUCAGCCCCUAGAACUCCGAAUUUCAAUCAAGUAUCUGCACCUAGAGCUCCAAGCAUCAACCAAAUGUCAGCCUCUAGAAGUUUAAACCAAAAACCUUCAUCAAGAGUUUCAAGCAUUAGCCAAAUGUCAGCUCCAAGGACUCCAAUCUUGGAUAAGAUAUCUGCACAAAGAGCUCCAAGUAUCAGUCAAAUGUCAGCACCUAAGACUCAAAACUUUGGUCAAAUGCUGAUAUCGCAAAGAUUGCCUACUCAGAACCAGAUAACAUUACCACAAAAGGAACUAAAUAAUGUCUCAACUUCAUCCUCUUCCUUGUCAGGUCAAGCUGCUGUCUGCUCUACACAGCCAACGAAAGCAACAAGACAAACAGACACUGUACAACAUUGUCCAAAAACACCACCUUCAUCAGGGAUGGGUCAUGAUGCAAUGGAUCGAAGUCCAUUUGAUUUUGAGAAACAUCAGCAAAACCUCAAGCUUCUCUCCAAGUCUCCUGGACCUAUAUCUUACUCUACAAGGACAAUGUUCUCUGAAAACCAGGAUGAUCCUCAAGGUAGUGUUGGAAGUUUCCUGAACCCGUUUAUAGGAGAGGCUUCCAACUUGUUUGGGGAGAGAAAUACCGGUGGUUUUGAGACUGGACAAGCCAUGAGUUUGUUUGGGGAGAGAAAUACUGGUGGUUUUGAGACUGGACAAGCCAUGAGUUUGUUUGGAAAUGACAAGCCAAAUAAUCUGUUUGGUAACGAAGGCACAACUUCUACAGGCCCAGGGAAUCAGUCAGGUAGUGGAGGGGAGAGCCUCAUGUCACUGUUUGGGGGCGGUGACCAGACUUCUUCAAAUCUGGGGAGCCAGGAGCAGGAGACAAGCUUUUCCUUUAACUUUGGCACCGACAAGGGUGGGGAUAGCCUUAUGUCUCUGUUUGGGGGAGGAUCAGACAACGCCAAUCAAGGCAACAACACAAAAGAAACAAGCUUCUCCAUGAAUUUUGGUGGAGGAUCCAACACCACAGACAGCCCGCGAGGUUUCAGUCUUUUUUAAAAGAAAUUGACAGUCUUAGCAAAUAUAUUGUGAAUACAAGUUUUUAUGAAGUGAUAUAAUUUGUGUUGUGUUUGGCCUUUGUUUUGCAACUUAAGAUUGAUGGAUAGUAUUUGGAAUUCAUAUUGAUUCAAAUGAAAAAGACAGAACUUAAUUUAUAACAAUGUUGUCAUAAAUUUGUAUGUGUGAUAUGUGCUCGUUAAUUCUACCAUUUGUUACACCAUUUAUAAUUUACAAGUUAUA